UCUUCCGGAGUUUUCUUCUCUUAUAUGAGAGCAGUGUACUAUCAACAACUUGAACUAACCUGUAAGCCACGGGCCCCUAUUCCAUUGUAAAUAACGCUUUCUCAUUACCAAUGUACGUCAUACAGCGAGGUCUACAACGCUCCUUGAGUGGUAAAGACUUCCUUUCAGCCGCGUGGAACACGCUGCGCUGUAAUUUUGACAAAUCCAUUCAUCGGCACAGAUGCGCUUCUCUAAACGUAGGUGGAGGAUGCGCACAUUUUUCCUCUACGACAAUUUUCGAUACUGUUAACAUGAACAUCUUACAAAAAUUGACCAUGGCCGAUCAUUUGGUUUGGAUUGAUAUGGAAAUGACUGGGCUGGAUGUAGAAAAGUGCCAUAUAAUGGAAAUUGCUUGCCUCAUCACCGACUCCAAUCUUGACAUCGUCAGUAAAGAUUUGCACCUCGUAGUACAUCAGCCAGAUGACAUUCUCCUGGCCAUGGACGACUGGUGCACAGCUCAGCAUAGCAAGACUGGGUUGACUGCCGAGUGUCGCGCCAGUAAGGUUUCAUUGCAAGAAGCUGAAAAGCUUACACUGCAAUUUUUAAAGUCUUACAUACUGGAGAAACAGUGUCCUGUAGCCGGAAGCAGCGUGUGGAUGGAUCGGGUGUUCAUUAACAAAUAUUUACCUCUAGUAAACGAUUACCUGCAUUACAGGAUCAUCGAUGUUUCGACUAUCAAGGAGCUCAUGAGACGCUGGUGUCCUGAUCAAUAUGCCCGUGUACCGGCCAAGAAGUACAACCAUCGAGCACUUGACGAUAUUAAAGAGAGUAUAAAUGAGCUCAAGUAUUACAAAUCUCAGUUAUUCGAUGUUUCGAAUUUAGCAAAUAUGCUGGUGCAAUCGGAAAAUUCUCAGGAUCGGUAACAGGCACAGAAUGUACAUACAUACAUCGUUUAUUUGAAAUUAGUAAAUUGGAGCUACAUUCUUGCAGCAGUUAAUAUUCUCUCCAUAUAGUAAAUUCAAAUUGUGAAGAUGAACAGCUUUCCUUUACUUAUUUACAGAGAGAGCGAGAUACAAAAUCGAAACCAUAAUAUGUACAUAUAUUUAAUUUAAAUAAAUGAAUUUUA